CUCUAAAAAUCCAUAUCAUGAAAGCGGAACAGGGAUUUAAAAAAAGAGGUUUACUCGAUUUUCUAUUAUUUUUAUUUCCCAGCCACGCGCUCGUCACACCGCCCCGCCGUUCUCCUCAAAUAUCAUUUUCCCUCGUAUGAAUUCUUCGACUCUCCCUUCGUCCUUCUACACUAGCUCGCUCUCUCGCUAUAUAUCAAUAUAUAAAUAAACUCGUCAGCCCUGAAGGCUGAACGCGAGUCACUAUCUUUUAUUCUUUCCGGGACUCUUUCAUCUAUCAUGGCCUUGAAUUUAGAGUUCUUAACUGCUCUGUCUCUGUUGAUUUCUCUGAGCUCGGUGAUUGUUGAAGCUGAAAUACCUACCACUCUGGAAGGACCCUUCAAGCCUGUGACCGUUCCUCUUGACCAGAGCUUCCGAGGACAAGCUGUGGACCUUCCAAAUUCGGAUACUCUGCUUCAAAGAAAAGUCCAAGGAUUUCAUCCCGAACAAAUCUCCGUUUCCCUCUCUUCCAACUAUGAUUCUGUCUGGGUUUCUUGGAUCACUGGAGAGUUCCAGAUUGGGUACAAUAUAGAACCAUUGGAUCCUAAUACGGUUGCUAGCAUAGUUCAGUUUGGAGAGUUCGGAAAGCCGAUCGCUGAGGAAGCCGCGGGCUAUUCCCUCGUUUACAGCCAACUCUAUCCUUUUGAAGGACUUCAGAACUACACUUCUGGAAUUAUACAUCAUGUUCGUCUCACAGGGUUAAAACCCAACACGUUAUAUCAGUAUCAAUGCGGAGAUCCAAACCUGGCAGCAAUGAGUGGUGUUCACUAUUUCAGGACUAUGCCAGUUUCUGGCCCCAAGAGCUACCCUAGCAGAAUAGCAAUUGUUGGAGACGUUGGUCUUACAUAUAAUACCAUAUCUACUGUGAAUCACAUGGCCAUAAACCAUCCUGAACUUAUUCUAUUGGUUGGAGAUGUUAGUUAUGCUAAUUUGUAUCUUACUAAUGGAACUGGGUCAGAUUGCUACUCUUGCACAUUUUCUGAUACUCCUAUCCACGAAACAUAUCAGCCUCGUUGGGAUUAUUGGGGAAGCAGGUACAUGGAGCCUCUGAUUUCUUCUGUUCCAAUAAUGGUAAUAGAAGGGAAUCAUGAGAUAGAACUACAAGCUGAAAACCAGACAUUUGUCUCUUAUAGUUCUCGAUUUGCAUUCCCAUCUGAAGAGAGCGGAUCAUCAUCCACAUUAUACUAUUCUUUCAAUGCUGGAGGAAUACAUUUUAUAAUGCUUGGUGCCUACAUAUCAUAUAAUAAAUCUGCAGACCAGUACAGGUGGUUGGAGAGAGAUCUGGCUUCUGUUGAUAGAGAAGUAACCCCAUGGUUGGUAGCUGCAUGGCAUCCACCUUGGUACAGCACCUACAAGUCACAUUAUAGAGAAGCAGAAUGUAUGAGGGUUGAGAUGGAAGAUUUAUUGUAUAGAUAUGGUGUUGAUGUGGUUUUCAAUGGACAUGUACAUGCCUAUGAAAGAUCAAACCGAGUCUAUAACUAUACAUUGGAUCCCUGUGGUCCUGUUUAUAUCACAGUUGGUGAUGGUGGUAACUGGGAAAAGAUGGCAAUCACACAUGCUGAUGAACCUGGUAACUGUCCGGAACCAACAACUACACCAGAUGACUUCAUGGGUGGCUUCUGUGCCUUCAAUUUCACAUCUGGUCCAGCAGCUGGUAAAUUCUGCUGGGACCAGCAGCCUGAUUAUAGUGCAUUCAGAGAGAGUAGCUUUGGCCAUGGAAUUCUUGAGGUGAAAAAUGAAACUUAUGCAUUGUGGACAUGGCACCGUAAUCAGGACUUCUAUAACGCUGCUGGAGAUCAGAUAUACAUUGUCAGGCAGCCUGAAAAAUGUCUAGUGAAACCACAGGAUCCUUGAGGAGUCAGCUCAAAAAUUUAACUAAUACACCGCAAGGAGUCAAGUUGAAGAACAGAGGAACCAGAGGUAUAUUUUUUGCAUGUCAGCUGACUUGGAAACCAGAUCCAUGAAUAAGCUUAAUAAUAAGCCGACUUUUUUCUAAAGAUAAUUUAACAGAAAAUGCAAUUAUUGUCUCAUUGGUAUGGUAUAUGUUAGAGGUAAAAAUAAGGGUUGAGGUCUAAACUCGCGUGAGUCCCACUUUCUGUUUUAAAUGUGUUGUUCAUUAUUUCAACAAGAGUGGAUUUUAAGUUUUAUGUACAGUCUUGUCCCUCAGUCGUUAGAUUAGAAUAUUUUCAUUAC